GGCAGACGGACUCUCCCUGUUCGAUCUCACCUCUGGUGCCUCUCCUGCCCCGCCUGCUGGUGCUGACAGCACUGUUCGCUCACAGUGGGCCACACGCGACGCUGCUGCCCGUCUUGCUGUGCGUCGCCACUUACCGACCGCUGAGCGUGCGCACUUUAGUCAGUACAAGAGUGCUAAGACCUUGUACGACGCUGUAGUUGCAUGCUACUCUUCCCCUGCCACUGCUGCUCUUAGCCGCCUCAUACUGCCGUACCUGUUCCCUGACCUUGCAGCCUUUCGCACAUUCGCUGACCUCAUUACGCACCUUCGCACUAGUGACACUCGCUACCGCGCUGCGCUUCCUGCUGAGUUCUGCGCCAAGAACCCUCCCCCCAUGUACAUCACCCUCUACUACAUAGUCACCCGGCUCCCUAACUCCCUUCGCUUAGUCAGGGACCACUUCCUCUCAGUUUGCCCCACCACACUCACCGUUGACCUCCUCGAGGAGCGCCUCCUGGCAGCAGAGAAGAGUAUAGUCGCUGUAGGAGCCUCUAGAGGUGACCCGCGUGCCCCUGUCUUUGAGGGGUGCUCCCCCUCCCCCCUUUUGCCCUCUGUUGCCUCUGCUGCUGCCGUCGACUUCGUUGGCACCGAGUCGGUCGGCGCUGCGUCUGCCCCUAGCGGGCGACGCCGCACCGGCAAGGGCAAGCGGGGCAAGGGCGCUGGAGGGGCUGGCGGGGGCGGUGGAGGUGGAGGUGGAGGAGGCGGAGGGAGUGGGGGUGGUGGUGGGAGUGGUGGCGGGGGUGGGGGCUUCGGUGGCGGCAGUGGCGGCGGAGGCGGCGACGGCGGUGGCGGUGGGAGCGGAGGAGGAGGCAGUGGCGGCGGUGGCGGCGGUGGCGGCGGAGGAGGUGGAGCUAGUCGAGGUGGCUCUGCGCAGCGGAGCGGCUCAGGUGGUGGUCACGCGAGCAACAGCAGCGCACUCGUGAGACCCCGUCCCCCCAGCAGCUUCGUGAGUGGUACACUGCGCGUCAGCGAGUGCGGGGGCUUGCACUCCACCCAGCGCUGCUUCGGCCGCCUGACGAACGCUUGGCGUCACCAGUUCCCUGACGCCACUGAGAUCCCUCGCUGGGGAGAGCUGUCUAGGGCGGGGGUUGCUAUCUUUGAUCUUGACUAUGAUGCUAUUCUUGCUGCCAUGUAUGCUCUGUCUACUAGUGAUGAGGGUGACUGUUACCUGUGUCUUCCGCCUGACCCGGGCAUUGAGGCUGCUGCUCUAGGUGCUGGUGAGGCUGCUGCUCUAGGUGCUAGUGCGUCUGCUGCCCCAGGUGCUGGUGAGUCUGCUCUCUCAAGUACCACGUCGGCUUCGGCCUUACACACCUUCACCCUUGACUCGGGUGCUUCCCGCUCCUUCUUUCGAGACCGCACCACGCUUACGCCGCUUAGUCGGCCGGUUGCGGUCUCCCUUGCGGACCCCUCUGGGGGUCCUGUCCUUGCUAGCUUCUCCACUGUCUUACCGUGCCCGGCAGCCCCCUCUGGCACCCUGUCAGGUCUCUACCUCCCCUCGUUCUCUACGAACUUGGUGAGUGGUGCUGAUCUACAGGAUCGGGGGAUGGACCAGUUCACUCCUGCGAGUCAGCGAGUGACCCACUACACGUGUGCUCGGACGGGCCGACAUUUGGCCACGUUUACCCGUCGGCCGGGGUCGAGCCUAUACACACUAACUGCUGAGUCUCCUCCGGUUGCUGAGUCUGGUCAGGUAGCUGCGUCGAGGCCUGCCCCUACCUGCGUUCCCUGCGUCGAGGGGCGUUAG